AUGUCGGCUUUUAAGUUAAUCAAAUUGGACGGAAGUACGGCCACGGGUCUUGGAGCCAUAGUAUUACUUUUGCUUUCUUGGUGGUUGUACAAGUUCAUUAAAAGAAGGCGUGCGGCAAAGCUCAAGCAAAAGUUCUUCCAACGUAAUGGUGGACUUAUAUUGCAACAACGCCUAUCUUCUAUUGAAGACAAUCACAAGGCAAAAGGUAAAUUAUUCGCCUCAACGGAGUUAGACAUAGCUACGGACCAUUUUAACAAGAGCCGAAUACUAGGUCAAGGUGGUCAAGGAACGGUUUACAAGGGAAUGUUAAUAGAUGGAACAAUCAUCGCAAUCAAGAAAUCUAAAGUUGUCAAUGUAAGACAAGUCGAACGGUUCAUCAAUGAGGUCAUUAUUCUCUCUGAAAUCAAUCAUAGAAAUGUGGUUAGACUGUUGGGAUUCUGCCUAGAGUGUGAAGUUCCUCUUCUAGUAUAUGAAUUUGUCCCUAAUGGAACCCUCUACCAAUAUCUUCAUGAUCCAUGUAGAGGAUUUCCUAUAUCUUGGGAGACACGGUUAAGAAUUGCUAAUGAAAUUGCUGGGGCUCUUUCGUAUUUGCACUUUGCUGCAGCCAUCCCGAUUUAUCAUCGAGAUAUCAAGUCAUCGAAUAUACUCUUAGACGAAAUCUAUAGAGCCAAAGUGGCGGAUUUUGGAACUUCCAGAGCAAUUACCAUCGACCAAACUCACGUGACCACAAAGGUGCAAGGAACCGUUGGAUACUUGGACCCGGAAUUCUUCCGAACAAGUCAAUUUACGGAUAAGAGUGAUGUCUAUAGCUUUGGAGUUGUUCUUGUUGAGCUAUUAACCAGAGAAAAGCCAAUUUGUGAAUUGAGGGCGGAAGAAGGAAGAUGUCUAGCCACAUACUUCAUCAUUUCGAUGGAGGAGAACCGUUUGUUCAAUAUUCUUGAUAAGGAAGUAUUAGAUCAUGGGGAGAAAGAAGAAAUUAAUGCUGUGUCUAACCUGGCGAAAAGAUGCUUAAGCCUUAAGGGAAGGUAUAGGCCCGCAAUGAAGGAAGUGGCAAUGGAAUUGGAGCGAGUACGAUCCCUCCGAAAUCCUGUGGUCAUCUGGCAAAAUGAUGAAGAGAUCGACCACAUAAGAUCUGGAUCUAUCUAUCCUUUGGGUGCGGUCUCCACAUUGAUGCGAUCGGAAGCAGAUGUGGAGCUGACUUUGCUGGAGGACGAUCAAUCGCUCUUUUAUGAUUUGCCAAGAUGA